ACUCAGUGCUGACAAAUGGGUUACAAUAAUGAAAACAUAAUGUGAAAUUGGGUGUUUCACUGAUUAAUUGAACAGGAUCCUUGUAAUGUGCUCUAUGAUACAUGAUUUUUGACAGCCACAGGAUUUCUGAUUUAAGUAACUAAUCAUCAUGGCUGACCCUGUUGUUCUGCGUAGCAUCAAGAAGCUGGGGAACGAUAACUAUGUUUUUGACUUGGAUGGCAAAGGCAACGGCUUCAAGAAAUCAGAGAACUUCUAUACGUAUGAAGAAACUUCUAUAGAGAAGAAAAGUGAAAAGUCAUCAGAAAAGAAAGGAAACAAUGUUCGUGUUGGCUUCUUUCAGCUGUUUCGAUUUUCUUCAUCUAUGGAAAUUUUCAUGAUGGCUGUUGGUAGUUUCUGUGCUAUUGUUCAUGGAGCAGCCCAGCCAGCUGUUUUGCUUGUGUUUGGUGCAAUGGCAGACACAUUUAUUGAAUAUGACAUUGAAAUGCAAGAGCUUAAAGACCCAGGCAAGAUAUGUGUAAAUAACACCAUAGUGUGGAUUAAUGGUAGUAUCCACCAGAAUGAAAAGAAUGCCACAAUAAAAUGUGGGCUGCUGGACAUUGAACAAGAAAUGACCAGGUUUGCAGGUUACUAUGCAGGAAUUGGUUGUGCCGUACUUGUGUUAGGAUACCUCCAAAUCUACCUUUGGGUUAUGGCUGCAGCUCGUCAGAUUCAGAAAAUCAGGAAAGCUUAUUUCAGGAAAGUAAUGCGAAUGGAUAUAGGCUGGUUUGACUGUACAUCUGUGGGAGAACUGAACACCAGAAUUUCUGAUGAUGUUAACAAAAUUAAUGAGGCUAUUGCUGACCAGGUAGCAAUCUUUAUCCAGCGCUUAACCACCUUUGUGUGUGGAUUCCUACUGGGAUUUGUCAGUGGCUGGAAAUUGACCUUGGUUAUUAUUGCAGUCAGCCCUCUGCUUGGGGUUGGAGCAGCAGUCUAUGGCUUGGCUGUAGCAAAACUAACGGGACGAGAAUUAAAGGCUUAUGCAAAAGCUGGAGCUGUGGCUGAUGAAGUGCUCUCAUCCAUCAGAACAGUGGCUGCUUUUGGUGGGGAGAGGAAAGAAGUUGAAAGAUACGAUAAGAAUCUGGUGUUUGCUCAGCACUGGGGAAUUCGGAAAGGAAUAAUAAUGGGAUUAUUCACUGGUUACAUGUGGCUUAUAAUUUUCCUGUGUUAUGCAUUAGCCUUUUGGUAUGGCUCUAAACUCGUCCUUGAAGAAGAGGAGUAUUCUCCUGGCACUCUUCUCCAGGUUUUCUUCGGUGUUUUAGUAGGAGCUUUAAAUCUUGGCCAGGCAUCUCCAUGUCUGGAAGCCUUUGCCACCGGACGUGGGGCUGCAGCAAAUAUUUUUGAGACAAUAGAUAAGGAACCUGUCAUUGACUGCAUGUCAGAAGAUGGCUACAAGCUGGAUAAAAUACAAGGUCAAAUUGAAUUUCAUAAUGUUACAUUCCAUUAUCCCUCCAGACCAGAUAUAAAGAUUUUGGAUAACCUUAAUAUGGUUGUUAAAGCAGGGGAGACGACAGCUUUUGUUGGAGCUAGUGGAGCUGGAAAAAGUACAACAAUACAGCUCAUCCAGCGUUUCUAUGACCCCACUGAUGGCAUGAUUACGCUGGAUGGCCAUGACAUUCGUUCCCUUAAUAUCCAGUGGCUACGCUCACAGAUUGGCAUUGUUGAACAAGAGCCAGUGCUAUUUGCCACCACGAUUGCAGAGAACAUUCGCUAUGGUCGGGAUGAGGCUACCAUGGAAGACAUAAUCAAAGCAGCCAAACAGGCCAAUGCUUACAAUUUCAUCAUGGACUUGCCGCAGCAAUUUGACACUCAUGUUGGAGAGGGUGGAAGCCAAAUGAGUGGAGGUCAGAAACAGAGGAUAGCUAUUGCUCGAGCUCUUGUGCGAAAUCCGAAAAUCUUGCUACUGGACAUGGCUACGUCAGCACUUGAUAAUGAAAGUGAAGCUACUGUCCAAGAAGCACUUCAUAAGGCUCGCCUUGGCCGCACAGCAAUCUCGAUAGCUCACCGCCUGUCAGCCAUCAAAGCUGCUGAUGUCAUCAUUGGGUUUGAGCAUGGAAGAGCUGUGGAGAGAGGAACUCAUGAGGAGCUCUUGAAGAGGAAAGGCGUUUACUUCAUGUUGGUGACCUUGCAAAGCAAAGGAGACACAGCUCUUAACAGAGAAGGAACAGAAACAGCAGAGAAUGACGUGGUUGAGCCAAAUCUUGAGAAAGUCCAGUCAUUCAGCAGAGGAAGCUAUCGGGCCAGUUUGCAAGCUUCACUUCGGCAGCGCUCCAGAUCUCAGCUUUCUAAUGUGGUUCCUGAUCCUCCAUUAUCCAUUGCAAAAGAUAAUGCAGAGUCUAUGUAUCUUAUGUCUUCUUGUGGAGAAGAUGAUGGACAAGAAAAAGAGGAAUCUGUUGUUGUGAAGGAAGAUGUCAAGCCUGUUUCAUUUACCAGAAUUUUGAAAUACAAUGCCUCUGAAUGGCCUUACAUGGUGCUUGGAUCUCUGGCAGCAGCUGUGAACGGAGCAGUCAAUCCACUCUAUGCCUUGUUAUUCAGUCAAAUCCUUGGGACCUUCUCUAUUCUUGAUGAAGAAGAACAAAGAAUUCAAAUCAACGGUGUCUGUCUGCUUUUUGUCUUUAUUGGAAUUCUUUCAUUCUUCACACAGUUUCUACAGGCAUACACCUUUGCCAAGUCUGGUGAGCUGCUUACAAGACGGUUAAGAAAAAUUGGUUUCCAGGCUAUGCUAGGGCAAGACAUUGGUUGGUUUGAUGACCGGAAGAACAGUCCUGGUGCUUUGACUACAAGACUUGCAACAGAUGCCUCACAGGUCCAAGGGGCUACUGGAUCACAGAUAGGAAUGAUUGUCAAUUCCUUUACCAACAUUGGGGUGGCCCUGAUCAUUGCUUUCUACUUCAGCUGGAAACUGAGUUUAGUUAUACUGUGUUUCCUGCCAUUUUUGGCCUUGUCUGGAGCUGUGCAGGCUAAAAUGCUGACAGGAUUCGCCUCUCAGGACAAGAAAGCGCUGGAAGCUACUGGACGGAUUUCCAGCGAAGCCCUCUCUAACAUCAGGACUGUGGCUGGGAUAGGGAAAGAGGAAACGUUUAUCAAGAAUUUUGAGAAGCACCUGGCUAUGCCCUAUAGAGCUGCAGUCAAAAAAGCACAUGUUUAUGGGUUCUGCUUUGGCUUUGCCCAGAGUGUAGUGUUCAUUGCCAACGCCGUCUCCUACAGAUAUGGAGGGUUCCUAGUUGACACUGAAGGCCUCCAUUACAGUUUUGUGUUCAGGGUGAUCUCUGCUAUCGUGACCAGUGGAACUGCUUUGGGAAGAGCUUCUUCCUACACCCCAAACUAUGCCAAAGCCAAAACAUCUGCUGCACACCUUUUUCAACUGGUUGAUCGCCUUCCUAAAAUCAGUGUUUACAGCGAAAAAGGGGACAAAUGGGAUGAUUUCAAGGGAAACAUUGAAUUUCUUAACUGUAAAUUCACAUAUCCUUCUCGGCCUGAUAUUCAGGUCCUGAAAGGACUCUCUGUAGCUGUUAAGCCCGGACAGACUUUGGCAUUUGUUGGAAGUAGUGGUUGUGGUAAGAGCACCAGUGUCCAGCUUCUGGAGCGUUUCUAUGACCCCGAGAAAGGCAGUGUGUUAAUAGAUGGACACGACACCAAGAAAAUUAAUGUACAGUUUCUUAGAUCAAAAAUUGGAAUAGUGUCCCAGGAACCUGUGCUAUUUGACUGCAGCAUUGCUGAUAACAUUAAAUAUGGCAGUGAAACCAAAGAGGCAACAAUGGAAAAAGUCAUAGAAGCGGCCCAGAAGGCCCAGCUCCAUGAUUUUGUCAUGUCACUGCCUGAGAAAUAUGAGACUAAUGUAGGGGCUCAAGGAUCCCAGCUGUCUCGUGGGCAAAAACAACGCAUUGCUAUAGCAAGGGCCAUCAUACGAGAUCCUAAGAUUUUAUUACUGGAUGAAGCGACAUCUGCCUUAGACACAGAGAGUGAAAAGACUGUGCAGGCAGCACUGGAUAAGGCCAGAGAAGGGCGUACUUGCAUCGUCAUUGCUCACCGCUUGUCCACGAUCCAGAAUGCUGACAUCAUCGCUGUAAUGUCACAAGGAGUCAUCAUUGAAAGGGGUACUCACGAUGAACUGAUGGCCAUGGAAGGAGCUUAUUAUAAGCUUGUAACCACUGGAGCCCCAAUUAGCUGAAUUAGAAUCACAGAAUAGUUUAGGCUGGAAAAGACCUUUAAGACCAUCGAGUCCAACCCGUAACCUAACACUGCCAAAUCCACCACUAAACCAUGUCACUAAGUGCCACAUCUACACCUCCAGGGAUGGUGACUCCGCUACCUCCCUGGGCAGUCUGUUCCAGUGCUUGACAACCCUGUUGUGAGCUAAUAGUUCCUAAUAUACAAUCAAAACCUCUGUUGGUGUAGCUUGAGGCCAUUUCCUCUUGUCCUGUCACUUGUUACUUGCAAGAAUAGAGCAACACCGACCUCACCUGACUACAACCUCCUUCCAGGCAGUUGUGGAGACCAAGAAGGUCCUCUCAGCCUUCUUUUCUCCAGACUAAACAGCCCCAGUUCCUCCCCACCCUAGUCAAAGCUGUGAAAUAGAUUUUGAAUAAGAAUAAAUGUUUUAGUUACAUCAAUGUAAAAUCCUACAGUUAAUCAUCACAGUUAUUUAAAUUACUUCUGUUGAGAUGGUGAUGGAUAAUAUGUUUCCUUCUUUUUCAGAAGGCAAGACAAUGAGUAUUACAGAAAUGAUUAUAUAUUCAGUACAGGUGGGGGAGAAAGCGCCAUAAUUAGCUCUUUGUAUUAAGCAGAGUUGAUAAAUACAGUAACAAUUAAUUCAGAAAUAACAAAGGUCAGGAAGAUUUUCUUCUUGCAGAAGCCCAUAUCUGUAACAUGAAUGUUAUUGUCUGCAGGACAACAGAACUCUUCCCUUUAGUCACUGCUUCUCAGAGACAAAGCAUAUAGAAAUCUGUCUAAAUUACAGUUUCAGAAUUUAAAUCCUGAUCUCAAGUAAUAGAGUAUUAACUGGAAAAGUCAUUCUUCAUGUCCAAAAAUCUGCAGCUGGGGGUGGGAUUCACUCACUUUAUAACAAACUACACCACAAUGGAGUUUCUUAUAAAACUAUGCAAACAGUACAAACUGCUGGAACUUGAAUAGGGCUGUAAGGGUGCAAGUUUUAUUAGGAUACAUCCCUUCAUUCCAGGCAGCAAAAACCCAAUUUCAUCUUUUAUACAACCCCACGAAUAGAAUUUCAACAGACUCUACCGUAAUCAGGUAGCUGACACUGAAACAUCAGUUUCCCAAGGAACUCCAUAUUUUAAUCCCUAACUAAAAAUGAAAAAAGAAGCUACAUUAUUUGCAUUCUCUUUUAAGCGUUUCAGCCUUUUUAUGUUAUAGAACAAUAACUAGUAUGGAUGGCUCAGGACUGAAACUAUUGACAGAGUAACUGUCAAUAACCUAUUUACAUACCGUAUAUGAUAUUUAAUUUAUACUAGUAUUUAAGGCCAUGGAAAAAUAAUGUCUCUUUAUUAAAAACUACAAUUAACAAUA